AUGAGUCGCGAAGUCGACCGUCAAUACUUGACAGCCGUGAAAUCCAUGUGGGACACUGUGGAUAAGUUGUGGGAUCCACCCCGGCUGCUGACGCAGCUGGGACACCAGUUCUGCCAGACCUGGGCAGUGCGGGCAGCGCACCAUGAGUUCCCAUACGCCCUCAACAUGUUGUCGCUGAUGUGUCCUCUCACCAAUGGAGCGCGGGUUUCCAUCUUUCCAACGAGCCCUAGUCCAUUAGUGGCCUUCACCAUCAACGUCAACUACUCGCAGACCAGGAAGAGUAGCGUGACCAGCUUUGCUGAUUCCAUUACUCGAGAGUUGGACAAGGUGGUGCAACAUCGAGUGAGCAAAGCUGUCCAGCGCCAAGUGGAAGCAGAACAGCAGCUUCGGGAGCCUCACCAUCAGGGCCAAGUGAUGAGCAGGCCAAAAGCCGCAGUAUUGUCCGCAGCCAUCGCAAGCGCUACUCCUGAAGAGUGGUUCCACCGCUGUGCUAGUGACUUCAAGCAAGUGAAGAAUUCCGCUGCUCUUCCUGGUGAGCCUGGACAGUGGCAAGGUCGGCAAUGGUUUGGCGUUCUUGGCAACCUCGAUGAAACGUACGACUUCCUCACUGCGUUUGGGUUGCUGUCGGAAGAGGGUGGGAAAGCGUCCAAAGUCAACGCCAAAGUCAACCCGCACCAGAGUGCGCUCAACAAGCUUAUGCAAUUUGGUUCUGCAGCCCGCGCAACCAAGACAAGUGGAAGCUACGGAGAUAGCUCGGGUAAUGGCAUCUCUCUCGGUGUUGUGGGGAACAUGCAUCCAGCCACUUACGUGCCCAUGGAACGGUCUGAAACGGGCAGCCAUCAUGCGGCCACAAAGGAAAGGUUCUUCAUUUGCACUGGCCGCCCCAUUCAGCCUCAUGAAGAUCUCCCAGAAGAUUAUCCUUUACCUGGAGGAGCUCCUCCUCAUUUGUGGGUGCCAUUGACUCCGGAUGUCGCAGACAUGCUCGGAGUAGCAAAAGAAGCCCAAUCCACUGAAGCGGCUCGGGCAGAAUGGCAAGACACUUGGCCUGGCCAGAGCCCGCCAGGGCUGCCAGCAACCCAAGAGUUCAAAGCAGAUUUCAUCCCUUCUGAAGAAGGCUACCCUGUCAGACUCCUAGACGGCGUUAUGAGCAGGCUGCGCUUUCGCCGAGAUGCAGCUGAAGCCACAGGUUUUGUACCUGAAUGGCGCGUGGCCAAAAGGUCCUUCGCCAUCCCUCCAGAGUUUGAAUUGGCUCCUGCAGUCAAAAGAGUGACAGACUAUUUCGGCACUCCCCACAUGAAUUUGGAGUUCUCUGAAGAUGCAGCUCAAUGGCACAGAUCAUUUCAAGGAGGCCUCAACGUGCAGAGUCACGUCGCACGCGAGAAGGGAGACACAAUGUCAGGGGCUCGGAUGGGAGCCGCGCCCUGGCAAAUUGGUGUUCUCUCUGGCUGUCUGCUGGCCUUUGAAAUCUUUGCCGGCUUGUAUUCGCAUGAGCAGCUGGAAGCAAGAUCGCUGCGUAUCACUGCAGACCAUUUGAAAAUGGCUUUUGCUUUGAUCAAAAUUGUCCACGCAAUCAAGGGCAUUGCUUUGGGUGAGGAGGGAGAAGAGCCUGGCGUAGAAGUACCCCGUCAGCCUGCGCCCGUGGAUUUCUCCGCUUUGGAAGUGCCGUACGGAGACCAAGAGUUCGAGCAGCCAGAGCAAUGGGAAAUAGAACAGGACCAGGAGGACAUGGAUGAGCCGCCUGAAGACGAGGAUGGCCAGGAAGCUGUGGCCCCGCCUUCUCCUCCGCAAGCGGAAGCUGAGCUGCCGCCAGCAGCAGGCGCCCAGCCACUCACCAGUGAGCAGGUGCGAUCGAUGGAUUUCGGUUAUGGUGACGGUGGUGCUUCAGUUCAGCCGAGCUUGCACGCCCAGCAUUUGACGGACAGGUACAUUGUCAAGAUGACCUUGCUACGUGGGACGCCCAAGAUCAGCUGCAAGCAAGCUUGUGACAAACUCCGAAGUUCUCGAGAGAAGGGGCGCAAAGCCUUGCCCAGGGUGAACUGGAUGGCCGUGAUGACCACCGCCAGCAAGGAAAGCCCAAUCCUUGAGCUCAGUGGAGAUGAGUUGCAGAUCGCAAGAAUCCCUGAAGAUGCCACCCUCCGUGUUGAGUACCACAAUAACUUGAUGACAUUGUGCGGCCUCAGCCUUCGUGAGCUGGUAGAUGCCAUGAAGCAAGCAGUGGAGAAGGCAAAGCAGGCUGCUCCCAAGCAGGACAUGACAGUGGUCAAGCACCGCGUGCGCAGCGAUCAUGGUGUUGAACUUUUGCUGUCCGAGACAUGUGGCGACAAAAGAUCUGCAUGGGUCUCCGAAGGUUCUGUGCAGAAGGCUUUGCGGGAUGAGUAUUUCAACCAAGCUGGCCAAGCGCGUCGAAAGCAACGAAAGAAAAGUCAUGCGCCCACAGGGCCGACCGCAGAAGGAGAAAGUUGGCCUACUUUGCUCAUUCCGGAGUCCGCGCCAGAAGAUUUGCAAGCAGUCACCUGCGCCACCCACAAAGAAGCUGGAUCUGAUGCCUUGCUCGCAAAAACUGCAGGGGUUCUAUGUGUUUGCCUUUCUUCCGGUAUCAUUGUGCUGAUGCAAGAGAUUUAUGGCAGCGAGUCGCUGCCUCAGAGGUACUUCUGCUUGGCUGCGGCCAAGGCGGUCGUCCCUGAGGCUGUUCUUUUGGUUCACGAUGACAGCUGCCAUAUGUACAAGUAUUGCUUGAAAAGGUUGGAGAAACUUCUGAAGUUAUAUUCGGAUGAGCUUGCUGUGAUUCCCAGGCAUCUACUGCUGCAGCUUCGAUUGCGAUCGGAUGAUGUUCCUCUUCUUCUGCGCAGUGCCUCAGGAGAAGAGUAUAGACCCGCCAUUCAGCGGAUCACUCGGCGGAUCAGCGGAUCAGCCAGCGGAUCGGCGGAUCAGCCCGCGGAUCAGCGGAUCAGCGGAUCAGCCCAGCGGAUCAGCGGAUCAGCGGAUCAGCCCAGCGGAUCAGCGGAUCAGCGGAUCAGCGCAGCGGAUCAACGGAUCAGCGGAUCACCCCAGCGGAUCAGCGGAUCAGCCCAGCGGAUCGGCGGAUCAGCGGAUCAGCCCAGCGGAUCGGCGGAUCAGCCCAGCGGAUCAGCGGAUCAGCGGAUCAGGCAGCCCAGCGAUCAUAAGUCCCUAGAACGUGGCAAAUCGCAAACCAAGCUGUCCUCGCAGUUGCUAUGUAUGGUGACAUUCCUUCACCAUUACACUGUGAAUGUUCCCUUUACCUGUGCAGAAUGA